AUGAAGGGCCAGCAAAGAAAACCAGAGAACGUCCACAAACGAUCGGACAGAGAGCGCAAGGCAUUUCGAACAGAGGCUCGGAAAGAAGCCCAUAAGGAAGCCCGAAAUGACCCCCGGAAGGACUCGCACGGGAACAAAGACGCAAAGCCGAAACCGAAUGGAAAGAAGAAGAAGCCCGAGCCAUGGCAAGUCCAAAAAGCCGCCCUGGAAAAGAAGUUUCCCCAGGGUUGGAAUCCACCCAAGAAGCUUUCUCCUGAUGCGCUCGAUGGAAUCCGUCAUCUACAUGCGAAAGCCCCUGAGCAAUUCACAACGCCUGUUCUCGCACAGGAAUUCGAGGUGUCCCCGGAAGCUAUCCGUCGGAUUCUAAAGAGCAGAUGGCAGCCAUCGGAGGACGAGCAGGAGAGUCGGCGCCAGCGAUGGGAGAAGCGACAUGACCGAAUCUGGAGUCGUAUGGCUGAGCUUGGUCUCCGACCCGAAACCAAGCGUACGAAGCCCAUUUCGGAUGCCAGAGUGUUGUAUGAUGACAAGGGUCGACGGAAGUAG